AUGGAAUACCAGUUAUACCAUGACUACUUCAAUCUUGCCAGCCAGAUUGUCAAAAACAUGCAGCAGGGAGGUGAUCAUCCCAAUCACGAUGUAGCUGAGGACCUUAUAAUGAUGGACCAUCGCCAUGGUGAUGACACCGAUAGUCUCUGCAACAUUGACACCAUUUCUUUGGACACCUCUGAUGAUGACAAUACCAAGCCAGACAAUUCCCUGUUUUCCCAAUGGAAGGAUCCCUCACCCUCACAGCACAAACCCCUGUGGAUGAACUUUGACAAUGGUGAUGUGUUCUAUUCUAGCAAUGGGGAGUUUCCUUCCAUGAGUGACCUGACAGAAGAGGAGGGGUCUCAUUCUGACUUUCCAACUUCAUCAUGUUCUCUGCCAUACCCAAAGAACUACAGGUGUAGCCCGACCUUUGGUGAAGAUCAUAGCUCAGCUAGUUCCUCCUGUAUGCCUUCUAGAAGCUCGCCACUUUAUGAGGAGAUGACCUCGAGAAGCUCUCCCCUACUUGAGGAGGUAACGUCAGAGUCCGGACAGCUCCACAACCUCAUGCUGGCUCUUCAAGACCUUCAGUACCAAGGAGUUGUGGGAACAGGAUUAGUCAACCCUAAAAGACCAGUUUUUGCUCUGGAUGAGAAAGCUUGUGCUUUGUGCAAGAAGAAUGGAGAAACUCGGGAAUUUUACACUACCCAUGUGCUGAAGGACAAUCGUGGAAAGAUCAUCUGUCCGAUACUCCGCAAGUAUGUGUGUCCUACAUGUGGUGCCACUGGUGACAACGCCCAUACACUCCGACACUGCCCAGUCAACAAGGCAACAGAGAAUACUAGGUGUGGCCAGUGA